GUGGUUUUUAAUGGGAGUCGUGUGACAGACUCAUGUGGGCUACAUGUGUAGAAGUCAGCUGGUUGGAUAACUCUUCUAAAAGGAUAGACUCGUGAAAAUUAAUUGAUGAACCCAGAUGAAACAAAUGAUGAAGGAAAGCAAGAAAUUGUACCUUAUUUCAACUUUAAUACUUGGACUGCUAACAGGAACUGCUGUCCACGGGAGACCUGGUAGUGAAUAUAAACAAAGGAUUACAAGGGAUACCAAGGACAUUGUUAGCUUUUGCAACUUUGAAAAAGAUUUCUGUGACUUCAUUCAUGACGAAAAAGCACAAUUCAAGUGGCAACUCCAUAAAGGAGAGACACCUAGUGGCCUAACUGGUCCUAGCUCAGACGUCACAAAAGGCACAAUACAUGGGCAGUAUAUCUACAUAGAAUCCUCUUCUCCUAAACGACCCAAAGAUGCAGCCAGGAUUCUUCUCAAUGUGAGUGACUCCACACAGGAACAUUGCCUCACAAUCAACUACCAUAUGUAUGGGGCAGCUAUAGGGAGCCUGGCUAUUAUAAGCAUUGGGGCAACCAACAAAACUUUAUUCUUCAAAAGUGGUAAUCAAGGUAAUAAUUGGCACAGUGUCAAUGCUACAGUACCACAAGGGAGUAGGGCUGUUAUGAUUGAGGCUACUAUAGGUGAAAGUUUUACAGGAGAUAUAGCCCUUGAUGAUAUCACACUUACCAAAGGCAAUUGUUUUGGAGGUGGUUCAUCCGAAGACACUCCAGGCAGUGUAGGGGGUACUGUUUGGUCAUGUGACUUUGCAAACCCAGGAUGGGAGAACCCUCAAGACAACAAUGGUUGUGGUAAUAACAACUUUGGAAUGACCCAGCUCAGGUCUGAUGACUUUGACUUUACACGCCUUAACAGAGAAACUCCUUCACAGCACUCUGGCCCAACAGGACCUUCAGAAAGUCCAAUAGGUUAUUUCAUUUACACCGAGUCAUCUCCAACUGACUUCCUCCCAGACAGAAGGAAUGAAGUGGCCUCUAUUAGGACCCCAGUGAUGGACCCCAGUCUGAGGAAACAAUUAAUAUUUAGGUACCACACCAGGGGUUUUGUGCUAGGUACCAUCAAUGUGAGAGCCCUCUCUAGCAGUUUCAGCAACAUCCCUAUUGGUCCUAUGUGGUUCAAUAUGACAUCAGUGGAUUUGUGGAAGACUGCAGAUAUAGCACUGCCAGAUGGAACAGCAGCUGUUGAAUUUAAUGUUACCCUCCCCAAUGUUGAAAAGUUCUGGUCAUCUGAUAUUGCAUUUUCUCAGCUUCGUAUUUUCUCUCCAGAUUUAUCACCUGAUCCAGAUGCAAAACAAUCUACAACCACAACAAAACAGCCCUCUACAAUUACAAAACAACCAACAACUACAAAACAACCUACCACCACUACAAAACAACCCACCACCACUUCAAAACAACCCACCACAACUACAAAACAACCCACAACCACUUCAAAACAAUCCACUACCACUACAA